AUGGCGACAGUACUUGGAGUCGCGGUGGCAUCCGCAACGACACCAACAUCAACAUUACCGUCCGAGUACUUUCCCUUCCCGGAAAGCAUGUCGCCGUUACCACAAUCGCUAAAAACUGGAAUGCUGGUUCCUGGAACUAUCGGUCUUCUGUCAGCUGCCUCGUCAAUUGGCAUGUUGCUUUUCAUCAUCUACAGAUUCUUGACAUGGCGUGCUCAUUACAGGACGUUUGUUGGCUAUAAUCAAUAUGUGGCACUAAUCAUCAACCUCCUCUGUGCGGACUUGCUACAAGGUGUAGCAUUCAUGUUCUCGUAUCAUUGGGUGUUUACCGAUGGCAUUGUUGCACCUUCGCUCAAGUGCACGAGUCAAGGCUUCCUCCUCAAUGCAGGAAACCUGUCUUCGGGCUACUUUGUCAUGGCUAUCGCACUUCACACGUUCUACGGUGCGGUCAAGGGUCGUCAUCUCAAACCUGCAAUCUUCUAUCCCAUUCUCGCUGGUGGCUGGUUCUUCGCACUCUUCUUGUCUGCCAUGGGUCCUAUAAUCCAUGGAAAUCACUACUAUGUCCGAGCAGGUGCCUGGUGCUGGGCUGCUCCGGAGUUUCAGACCGAACGUCUGGCCUUCCACUACAUCUGGAUAUUCGUUGUCCAAUUCGGUACCGUCAUCGUCUACCUCUUGAUCUUCCUACAUCUCAAAAAUACCUUGACCACAAUCUUACCAUCUUCACAUUCGACCACACACGCCAAAGUGGAUAGAGCAGCCAGGCUGAUGCUCAUGUUCCCACUUGCCUAUAUCAUUCUCACACUACCUCUCUCUGCUGGUCGCAUGUGGAGCAUGGCCCACCACACCUACAACAUACAUGAAGGUUAUCAACUAGCGUCAGGCGCUCUUAUCGCCUGCUCCGGAAUGGUAGACUGCCUCCUCUACACCCUGACCCGCCGAAGCCUGGUCCAAUCCACAACAUCCACCACCAACAAAAGCACAAUUUCCAGCAACCUCGACAGCUACGACCUCUCCCGCCUCAACGGCAUAACCCAAACCCGCACCGUCACAGUAACCGGCGACAGAGUUUCCACAAUCUCCAACACCUCUCACAUCAGCGAAGACGACGACGCCUACUCCAUGCGCACCAUCUCCACCACACCCAGAAAAAAGCACACACUCCGAGAACCUCCUCGUGCACAUUCACCCACAAGUUCCAUAGAUAGAAUUAUGGGGGUUGAAGGCUUGGAUCCUAGGAAACCGGCUCACAAGGUUCAGAUCUCGACGUAUGAAGCUAGGGUUUCUGAGGAUGUGGAUAGUUUGAGGGAGAGUGAGAGGUCGGAUUCUCCGGUCAAUGUCAUGAGGGGGCUUGCUAAGAUGGUGAAAUUGCCGAAUUUGAUGGAUAGGAAGUAG